AUGGGUGCAUACAAGUAUAUGCAAGAAAUCUGGCGCAAGAAGCAGUCAGAUGCUCUUCGCUACUUGCUCCGUAUCCGUACGUGGCACUACAGACAAUUGUCUGCUGUCCACCGCGUGACCCGUCCAACUAGACCGGAGAAGGCUCGCCGUCUGGGAUACCGUGCCAAGCAAGGUCAGUUUUUGAUAAAAAUUUAACUUUAAAAAUGUUAGCGCUGCGCCACAAUGUCUGGGCAAGGUGCCUUGCACCCGCUUGAGCAACCUAAUCCAUUGAUGGCUAUAGAAAAUUUAUCGAGUAAUCCCUGUUGAGUUAUUAGAGCCCUUCAGUUUCAUGUCGAUGAUACAAUCCUCAAAAUAAAAUUAUCAGUUGCCAUUUGCUCUGUUCUUGACUGGAUACUAGAAUUUCAGGAUUCGUCGUCUACCGCGUCCGUGUCCGCAGAGGAAACAGAAAGCGCCCGGUGUGCAAGGGACAGACCUACGGAAAGCCGAAGACCCAUGGAGUCAACGAGCUCAAGAACGCUCGCUCCAAGCAGGCUGUUGCUGAGGUUAGUAUUCUGAUUUUACUGAAGUUGUUAUUGUGCCACAGUGUCUGGGCAAAGUAGGCUGUUUUUAAUAGUGCUAACUUAAUCCAUUGAGGGCUAUAUAAAAGCAUUGUGUAAUCCCCGAACAUCUUGUGGUGUGUCGGAUUCAUGACAUUGCGACAAGAAAAUAUUUCAGAUAAAAAAAUAUGUAUGUUGUUAAUGGACUAAUUUAAUUGGUUUACAGGGCCGUGCUGGACGCCGUCUCGGUUCCCUCCGUGUUCUCAACUCUUACUGGGUUGCCGAGGACUCGACCUACAAGUUUUACGAGGUCAUCCUGAUCGAUCCGUUCCACAAGGUUAUCCGCAGAAACCCAGACACCCAAUGGAUCACCAAGCCAGUGCACAAGCACCGCGAGCAGAGAGGUCUCACCUCUGCCGGACGCAAGUCGCGUGGACUCGGAAAGGGAUGGCGAUUCUCUGCUACUCGCGGAGGAUCCCAGGCCAAGAACUGGAAGAGAAAGAACACCGUUGUUUUCCACCGCAAGCGAUAA